CUUUUCUCUAAGGAUAUGGCCCAAUAUCAAGGACCUGCACUUUAUGUAUACAAUAACGCGGUUUUCACCACUGAAGACUGGCACGGAAUUCAAGAAAUAGCAAGAAGUAGGAAAAAAGAUGACCCCUUGAAGGUUGGAAGGUUUGGUAUUGGAUUCAACUCUGUGUACCAUAUAACUGAUGUUCCCAGUAUUUUUAGUGGUGAUCAAAUUGGGAUGUUGGAUCCACACCAGGUACUCUUUGGACGCCACGAGUCAGGCCAGUGUUGGAACGUUAAAGAGGACAGCAAAGAAAUAAGUGAACUUGAGGACCAAUUUGCCCCAUUUGUUAACAUUUUCGGCAGCACUAAAGAAACCUUUGGAGAAGGUCAUUUCCCAGGAACCUUCUUCAGAUUUCCUCUUCGCGUUCAACCCUCCUUGCUAAGUAGCAAUCUGUACAAUAAAGUAAAGGUUCUAGAACUCUAUGAAUCCUUCAGAGCUGAUGCAGACACAGUGCUACUUUUUCUAAAGAAUGUUCAAAAAGUGUCUCUUCACAUAAGAGAGGCAGAUGGCUCUGAAAAGCUAAUUUUUCGGGUUACAGCUAGUGAAAACAAGCUUGUGAAACAUGAUAGGCCGAACUCUAUCAAGAUUCUUGGCUCAUCAAUUGAUGGCUACUGCAAAGGCGUUCCAAGCAAUAGUAUAACUUGUGUUGCAUAUCAUGUAAAUAUUGUUGUUGAUGAUGAAAGUGCUAAGGAAACGCAGACUUCCUCAUGGUUGGUAUGCAACAGUGUUGGGGGCCGGGGCAUAUGCAAUGAAUUAGACUGCCUUGCUGAUGACCUCAAAUUUGUUCCUACUAUUGGGAUUGCAAUGCCUUUAUGGAACAAUGGUGAGGAAAAGGGAGCGGAGUCAGAGUUUGUUGGAAGAGCCUUUUGCUUUCUUCCUUUACCUCCAGGAGAUGAAAGCAAGACCGGUCUUCCAGUUCACAUCAGUGGUUUCUUUGGCUUAACAGACAACCGUAGGAGUAUCAAAUGGAGAGAACUGGACCAGUGGCGGGAUCCUGCUGCUCUUUGGAAUGAACUUAUUGUUAAGAAUGUUGUCCCAAAAGCGUAUGCUACUCUUAUCUUAGAAGCAAUUAAGAAAAUGGCGACAGAAGAGAAUCCAGACUUUCCUCUGUCUGCUGAAAGUAUCUACAGAGUGUGGCCAGAGGUGGAUAAAGUUGGGACACACUGGAAACCCAUAGUAGAACCUCUAAUGAAGAUGUUAUUCCAGAAUGCAGUGAUAUUCUCCACCAACAAGUGCUGGUUAAAAGAAUGUGAUGUCAACUUCACGGAGAUAGAUGAAAGCAAAGAGUACACAAAAACUAUCCUGAACUACCUCCAAAACUCAGGGACUCCGAUUGCCAAGGUACCGGCAAAUGUUGCUGCUGCAUUCCACAUCCCAUUAAAUAAUUCUAAGCAAGUGAAGAAAGUCACCCCAGCUCUUGUCCGUCAGGUGUUAAGGAAAUGUCCACACAAGGGACCUAAACCUGAGAAGCUUCACCUCCUUGAAUUCAUACUCAGUGAUGAGAAUUACAGUGAACUUAUAGGACUAGAAAUGAUUCCUCUUCAAAAUGGGAAUUUUAUUUCUUUCUCUUCAUCUGUAUCUGAUAGAGAUGUUGUUUACAUCACCUCAGAGGAGUUCCCCAGUUCAUUAUUCCCUGGACUAGAGGGCAGACUUCUUUCUGAAGAUUUAAAACCUGAAAUUCUGACUGCUUUGAAGGAAGCAUCAAUAAGUCGAGGAAGGCCAUGCACCCAGCUGCAGCUCCUGAACCCUGAACGGUUUAUACGUCUUACUAAGGAGGUUAUGAAUACGAUAUGGCUGACAAGAGACUUGGUAGUCAGAUGGUCCCCUGGCAAGGACAAAAGGCAUCCUCCCAUCUCAUGGCUUAAAAUGGUCUGGAAACUCUUAUACAUUAAUUUUUCAGAAGAUCUGUCAUGUCUUGAUGACAUGCCGCUUAUUCCUACAAGGAUGCUGGAAGAAGAGGAAACCACACUGGAACUCAUUCGCCUGAGGUCACCAUCUCCUGUAAUAUAUGAUGAUGGGGCAGAUACUCAGCUGCCUGAACAUUUGCCAGAAAUAAUUAAAAUCCUUGGUGGCAUUGUUCUACAGUGUUUAGAUCCCGCCAUACAACAUCCACUUCUUAAAAAAUAUGUCUAUCCUCCAACGCCCAGUGCUCUUCUCCAAAUAAUGGACACAAUGUCUUUACAAAAACUCUCCAGUCAGAUUGCUUCCCUGACUCCAAAUCACAAAGAUACUCUGAGGCGAUUCCUAGCUAGCCUAACAGACAUCAACGAAAAAGAGAAAAAGAUCAUUCAGGAAUUAAUGAUCUUUAAAAUGAUAGAACAGACUUCAGACCAAAAAAAUUCUUAUGUUUUCUUGAGAGGUUGUAGAGCUCUCCAUCACAAUGCCAGACUUCCUCCAAAUACUCGGCUCUCAAUCCCUGUAAUUGAUAGCAGUGAUGAGGAAACUAUCCGUUUGACUAAGAUGCUCAAAGUUGAACAGCUAAAGAGUACAGAUUGUGUAAAAACUAUCUUGCAAGAUGUCGAAAAAGGUUUUUACUCAAGUGAAGAAAGGACAUGUGUUGUGCUUUGGGUUCUUGAAAAUUUGACCUUUUUAAAGAAUGAAAAUGGAGCUAUAAUAAACUGGUUAUCGAAUCUUAAAUUUUUGCCCGUUAACAAAGACAGACUUGUGUCAGCUAAUGAACUUUUUGAUCCAGAGGUGACUAUCCUUCAAAGUCUCUUCUGUGCUGAAGAACACCUGUACUUUCCACCUGCUGCUUUUACAUCUUCUGAUGUUUUGCAUUCCCUUCGACAAUUAGGGCUCAAAAAUGAUUCUCAUAUUCUUGAAAAAGACAUUGUACAGAUUGCAAAGAAAAUUGAAGCUUUACACAGUGGAUCAGGAAAAAACGAUGACAUAGUCUUAAAAAAGGCAAAGACUCUCCUGACAGUUUUGAAAAAGGCAUAUAAACUCAUACAGUCACCUGAAGCAAAAGCUGUGUUAAAAAAGAUCAAAUGGAUUCCUGCCAUCAAAGAACGUCCACCGAAUUAUCCUAAUUCUUUGGUUUGGUUGGGAGACCAAUUCAAAUUGUAUGCUCCAGGAGAAAUGUGCAAUGUGUGUUAUGCUGUCUUCGUAGGAUCUUCUGUUCCGCUGGUGGAGAACAUGAAUGACAAUGUUGAAAAAGUGCUGGGCAUUUCAAAAGGGCCUAGCAUUGAAGCUGUGCUGAAACACCUAAAGGUUGUGGUUGACUGGAAUAAUUCCAAAACAAUUACUGAUGAAGACUAUUAUCAGUUCCAGCACAUUUUAUUGGAAAUCUAUGGCUUUAUGCAGGAGUCCCUUGAGAAAGGCAAAGAGCUGUAUAAAGCACUUUCAUUUCCAUGGGUUUGGACAGGCACAACAUUUUGUUCUCCAAAACAAGCAAUAAUAACAUCAGUACACAGUCUUGACCUUCAGCCCUUUUUGCAUAGUAUACCAAACACAAUGGUAAAAUUUCAUAAGUUAUUUAAAUUCUGUGGUUCAAUUGAGGAGCUGACUCCUGGACAUAUCUUUGAAGUUACAAAUAUAAUUUAUGAGAGAAGCAAGAAAACCAUGGACAUAGAAGAGAACAGGCAAAACCUUAACAUUAUGCUGAACAUUGUGAGAUGGAUGUAUAGUCAUCAGAUUGUGGUAAGUGCAGAAACCCCAUUGCCCGUGCAUUAUAACAAAGAUCCUUCUAAGCUUGUAAUGAGGCCUAUACAUGAAUGUUGUUACUGUGAUAUCAAAGUUGAUGACUUGAAUGACCUCCUUGAAGAUUCGGUUGAACCAAUAAUAUUGGUACAUGAAGAUAUACCAAUGAAGACAGCAGAGUGGCUGAAUGUACCUUGUUUAAGCACAAGACUUAUUAAUCCAGAAAACAUGGGGUUUGAACAGUCAGGUCAAAGAGAACCGCUUACAGUGAGAAUCAAAAACAUUUUAGAAGAAUACCCUUCAGUGUCAGAUAUCUUUAAAGAGCUCCUUCAAAAUGCAGAUGAUGCCAUCGCCACAGAGUGCAACUUUCUGAUCGAUAUGAGAAGAAAUAUGGACAUAAGGGAAAAUCUUCUGGACCCUGGAAUGGCAGCAUGUCAUGGACCUGCUUUGUGGUCUUACAACAAUUCUGAAUUCACAGAUAAAGAUUUUAUGAACAUAACUCGACUUGGGGAGUCCUUAAAGAGGAGUGAAGUGGACAAGGUUGGAAAGUUUGGUCUGGGCUUCAACUCUGUGUAUCACGUUACUGACAUUCCCAUUAUUAUGAGUAGAGAAUUUAUGAUCAUGUUUGAUCCAAAUAUCAACCAUAUUAGCAAACACAUCAGAGACAAAUCUAAUCCAGGUAUCAAAAUUAACUGGAGCAAGCAACAGAAACGACUUCGCAAAUUUCCCAAUCAAUUUAAACCAUUUUUGGGUGUUUUUAAGUGUGAUCUACCACUUGCUGUUGAAACGCCAUACUGCUACAAAGGUACACUUUUUAGGCUUUCCUUUAGAACACAGCAAGAAGCAAAAGUGAGUGAAAUUAGCAGUACUUGCUACAACACUGCAGAUAUUUAUACACUUGUAGAUGAAUUUAGCCUGUGUGGCUAUAGACUGAUUCUAUUCACUCAGCACGUGAACUCCAUGGUUCUCAAAUACUUAAAACCUGAAGAGUCAGAUCCGAGUUUAGCACAGGACACAGUGACUAUUAAAAAAACUGAAUGUUCCUCGCAGGUUUUAUUUCACCCAACAAGACUUUUAAAAGAAGCUGCCAGAGUGAUGCACAACUGCAGUACAACUAAAAGAUUUCCAUCAGAUAUGCCAAAAUCGUCUUCUAUCUUGCAGAUUGUUGUUCAAGAGUUUCACCAUGUGUUCAGACGAAUUGUUGACCUGCAUUCUCCCUUAUUCCGAGGCCCAGAAGAUGAACCAGCACACAUAUUUGAAAUGGCGAAAUCUGGACAAAACAAAAGAAUGACUGAAGAACUUCCACAAAAAACUAUAGACUCAACAACAUGGCUUAUAUGUUCUUGCAUGGACAUCGGGGAAGCUUUAAAAUUUGCCUUAAGUGAUAGUGGCAAAAGACUUGGGCUGGUGCCGUGUGGCGGAGUGGCAGUAAUGCUUUCUGAAAGUGAAAAUGGUAAAUGGACAGUGAAACCACUUUCCACCAAUGUUGGAGAAGUGUUCUGUUACUUGCCUCUACGGAUAAAAACUGGUCUUCCAUUGCAUAUGAAUGGUUGCUUUGCUGUGACCUCAAACCGUAAAGAAAUCUGGAAAACUGAUACCAAAGGAAGGUGGAAUAUGGUAUUCAUGAGGCAUGUCAUUGUUCGAUCUUAUCUAGAAGCUCUUUGUGUUCUAAGAGACAUGUCCAUCAGUGGAGAACUACUCAAAUACAACUACUAUUCAGUGUGGCCUGAUCCUGGCUAUGUGCAUGAUGACUUUACUGUAAUCUGCCAAGGAAUUUAUGAAGACAUUGCCAAAGGAAAAGGUAAGGACAGGAUGAAAGUGUUUUCUGAUGGAACAUCCUGGGUCUCCAUGAAACAUGUACGAUUUCUUGAUGACUCUUUACUGAAGAGACCAGAUAUUGGACCUGCUGCUUUUCAGAUUUUCCUAAAAUACUUGAAAAAAACAGGCUCUAAAAAUCUGUGUGCUGUGGAACUGCCCUCAUGGGUUAAAAUGGGCUUUGAAGAAGCAGGAUGUACAGAUGUACUGCGUGAAAAUACUUUUUCUGAAAGUCAGUUUUUUUCUGAAGUCUUUUUUCCACAUAUUGCAGAGAUUCAACCUGAAUUACGCAAUCCAUUGAUGCUUUUUGUUUUGAAUGAGAGGAUACAAGCUUUUGGUGAAAUCCUGAAAGUAACACCAUGCAUUCCCUGUUCCAGCGAAGGUAAUCCUUUGGUUAUACCUUCAAGGUUAAUUCACCCAGAAGGUAGGGUUGCAAAAUUGUAUGAUGAUAGUGAUGGGAGAUUCCCUUUUGGAACACACCAAAAUUACUUAAACCCUGUGGUGUUGGUGAAACUAGUGCAACUUGGAAUGAUUAAAGAUGACAUUUUGUGGGAGGAUUUAAUUGAACGCAUUGAGUCCAUAUCAGACAUCAAUAAAAGUGACCAUGCUGCAGCUUGCACAAGAAGCAAUAUUAUCCUAAGUCUGAUUGAUGAAAAACUUAAGUUCAGGGACCCAAAAGCAAAGGAAUUUUGCCAGACAUGUCAAACUGCUCAGUUUCUACCAUUUUCCACAAAACCUGCAGGCUUUUCCUUGCGCUGGAAAGGAAGUGAAUAUAAUCCAGGGCACUUGUUUGCAGCUAAUUAUCUGUAUACAACUGAGCACCAGGACAUUGUUUGUCUUUUAAAACCAAUCCUGAAUGAAAACUCUCCUUCCUUUAAGGGUUGUGGACCCAUAUCAUUGGCAGUCAAGGAGUACUUGGGUUUGCUCAAAAAACCAUCCCCUGAAUUAGUGAUAGAACAACUAAAAGAAGUUGCAAAGCAUUUAGAUGGGAACACUCUGUACCAGGACAAUAUUACAAAUGCUUGCUAUAAAUUUCUUAAUGAAGCCGUAUUGCUGAACGAAGCUACAAAAAACAUGGUGGUCACAGAAUUGAAGACAAACGCUUUUAUCUUUGUAGAUGGAAUUUACGUUAGUCCAGAAAAAGUUGCUUUUCAACUGAAUUUUGAAGCAGCGCCUUACUUGUAUCAAAUGCCCACCAAGUACAGAAAUAAUUUCCGUGAACUGUUUGAAAUUGUUGGAGUGAAACUUGCCUUUACGGUGGAAGAUUUUGCAUUAGUUCUUCUGGCCAUCAAAAAUACAAAUAACAGUAGAAAAAUAUCAGAAAAUGACUUCCAACUUUGCAGACGUAUUGUUAGUGAAGGAAUCUGGGGGCUAAUUCGAGAAAAGAGUCAAGAAUAUUGUGAAAAGCACUAUAGCCAAAUUCUUCUGCCAGAUGCCAACCUCAAUCUACUUCCAGCAAAAUCCUUAUGCUAUAAUGACUGCCCGUGGAUUCGAGUGAAAGACACAGCUGUAAAAUAUUGUCAUUCUGACAUUCCAAGGGAGGUUGCUGUAAAAUUGGGAUCCAUUCCAAAACGACACAAAGCUCUAGAAAGAUAUGCUUCAAAUAUUUGUUUUACUGCACUUGGAACAGAAUUUGGACAGAAAGAAAAGCUUACCAGCAGAAUUAAAAGCAUCCUGAAUGCAUAUCCAUCAGAGAAGGAAAUGCUCAAAGAACUUCUACAAAAUGCAGAUGAUGCAAAAGCCACAGAAAUUUGUUUUGUCUUUGAUCCAAGACAUCAUCCAUCAGAUAGAAUAUUUGAUGAGAAAUGGACUCCACUACAAGGUCCUGCACUAUGUGUAUACAACAACCAACCCUUCACGGAAGAUGAUGUCCGAGGUAUCCAGAACUUGGGAAGAGGGACAAAGGAAGGCAACCCAGUAAAAACUGGACAGUAUGGCAUAGGGUUUAAUUCAGUUUACCACAUCACUGAUUGUCCAUCUUUCGUCUCUUCAAAUGACAUCAUUUGUAUUUUUGAUCCUCAUGCAGCAUAUGCCCCAGGGGCGACUUCAUUAAGUCCAGGGCGCAUGUUCCGAGAUUUGGAUGCUGACUUUAGGACACAGUUUUCAGAUGUGCUAAAUCUAUAUAUAGGCAACCACUUCAGCCUUUCCAAUGCCACAAUGUUUCGGUUUCCACUUCGGAAUGCAGAAAUGGCAAAAACCUCUGAAAUUUCUUCUGUACCUUGCUCGGAUAGAAUGGUGCAAAACCUUCUUGAUAAGCUGCGUACAGAUGGAGCUGAACUUCUUAUGUUUUUGAAUCACAUGGAAAAAAUUUCAAUUUGUGAGAUAGAGAAGUCAACUGGUGCCCUGAAAGUGUUGUAUUCUGUCAAAGGCAAAAUUACUGAUGGCGACCGGCUAAAACGCAAGCAGUUUCAUUCAUCUGUUAUCGAUAGUGUUACUAGGAAAAAACAACUAAAAGACAUACCUGUCCAACAGAUUACUUACACAAUGGAUAUUGAGGAUACUGAAGGCAAUCUUACCACUUGGUCAAUUUGUAACCGGUCAGGUUUCUCCAAUAUGGAGAGAGUAAUGAAAACCGUAAUCUCUGCACAUAAAAAUAAGGACAUCACUUUAUUUCCACGUGGAGGUGUUGCUGCUUGUGUUACCCACAACUACAAAAAACCUUACAGAGCUUUUUGCUUCCUGCCCCUUUCUCUUGAGACAGGACUUCCUUUCCAUGUAAAUGGACAUUUUGCUUUAGACUCUGCUAGACGAAAUUUGUGGAGGGAUGAUGAUGGAGUUGGAGUAAGAAGUGACUGGAACAACAGUUUGAUGACAGCCUUAAUAGCACCAGCUUAUGUGGAACUGUUGGUGCAGCUGAAAAAACGAAACUUUCCAGGUAGUGAUCCAACAAUCUCAGUUUUGAACAAUACACCAGUCCAUGCUGUUAAAGAUAUUUUGAAGAAGUUUUUGUCCUUUUUCCCAGUUAACAGACUGGAUUUGCAGCCAGACUGGUAUUGCCUUGUAAAAGCUGUAUAUUCUUGCAUCUAUGCUGAUUCCAAACGUCUCCUGCCUGUUGUGCGUACCCCAAAUGUUGAUGGAUCUGACGGUCAGUCGGCUGUCAUUGUUACCUGGGUAAACAUGUCUGCAGUGAAUUCUGGCAAGCCAUAUUUCGACAAUUUACUACAAGAUGAGUUGCACCAUAUGAAAAGUAUUGAGUAUAACAUUACUACCCGUAAAACAGUAGCUGAGAAUGUUUACAGGCUUAAACAUCUUCUCUUAGAAAUUGGAUUCAAUUUAGUUUACUACUGUGAUGAAACGGCAAAUUUAUACCACUGUUUGGUGGAUGCGGGAAUCCCCGUUUCCUAUGCAACACCUUCUGAUGUCCGCAGCUUUCUAAUGACCUUUUCUUCUCCUGAUUCAAACUGCCACAUUGGAAAGUUGCCCUGCCGCCUUCAGCAGACCAACCUUAAGUUAUUCCACAGUUUAAAACUCCUUGUAGACUACUGCCUAAAAGAUGCUGAAGAAAAUGUUAUUGCGAUUGAGGGCCUGCCACUUUUGAUUACUCUGGACAAUGUUUUGCAGAUUUUUGAUGCAAAGCACCCCAAAUUCCUAACCACCUACCAUGAAUUAAUUCCCUCCCGGAAGGAUCUGUUCAUGAACACCCUUUUUCUGAGAUACAACAACAUUCUGCUUUCAAACAAAGUUGCAAAGGUCUUUGACAUCAACAGCUUUGCAGAGCUACUGUCAUCUGUUCUUCCCAGAGAAUAUAAAACAAAAGUCUUUGUGCCCUGGAAAGAUAACUUUGCUAGUGAAUCUUGGCUUAAAAGUGCCUGGCAUUUCAUCAGCGAGUCAUUUAAUGUCAAGAAUGAUCAAAUUGACGCGAGCACAACUUUUAAUACAGUUGUUGAAACACUCAAGGACUGGGCUUUGUUACCAGGAAUAAAGUUCACGGUGUCACCCGGCCACCUGAUUAUUCCAGAUGGUGAUGUUUUGCUGCCAUUAAGUCUCAUGCAUAUUGCAAUCUUUCCAAAUGCACAAAGUGAUAAAGUUUUCCAUACUUUGAUGAAGACUGGAUGUAUCCAACUGUCUGUAAACAAAAUGUGUUCAAAAGACAACAUAUUGCUUCCCAUGCUGGCAAGUCACACAGCAAAUAUCGACAAUCCCAUAAGCAUCCUUAGAGCUGUAUAUCACAUGAUUCAAACAUCAAGUUUUAAGACUGAAAAAAUAGUUGAAAAUGAUUUUGAUGCACUUUUGAUGUAUUUUAACUGCCAUCUAGAUCAGUUGGUAUCAGGGGAUACCAUUAACAUUUUAAAGACCCUUCCAUGCUACAAGUCAGUAAGUGGUCGCUAUGUCACCCUUUCAAAGUAUGGGACUUGCUAUGUCCUUACAAAGAGUAUACCAUCAGCUGAGGUGGAAAAGUGGUCUCACUCCUCAUCCUAUGCUUUUCUUGAAGAGAAAGUUAAUCUUAAAGAACUCUACACGGCACUAGGCUGCAUUCCUGUGGAUGAUCUGGAGAUUUAUUCAAAGCACUUGUUGCCAAAGUUUGAAAACCUCUCCUACAAUGCCAAGUUAGAGCAUCUAAUUUAUCUGAAAAAUAGACUAUGUGGUCUUGAGGAUGCUUCUCCAAUGAAGGAUCAGCUUUAUGCAAAACUAGAAGAUCUCUCCUUUAUUCACGAUGCCAGUGGUCGGCUAAAGCCUGCCAAGAAUUUCUAUGAUCGAACUGUCAAGGUGUUUGAAGUGAUGCUUUCUGAAAAAUUAUUCGUACCACUGGAUUUUUUUAAGAAACUGGAACAAAUUACAAAGCCAAAGAAUCAAGCUGCCUUUUUGCUCUCAUGGAUCAAAUUUCUUCGAAAUAUAGGCAUGAAGCAUGCUAUUUCUCAGCAGCAAUUGCUGCAGUUUGCAAAAGAGAUAAGCAUGAGAGCCACCACUGAAGGCUGGUCAAAGGAAGUGCUGCAGAACACUGUUGAUGUAAUUCUUUAUUAUGUCUUCCAAGAAAGAACUGAUUUAUUUUUGGGGAACUUUUUAAAGGAAUUAUCUAUGAUACCUUUCUUAUGCCCUGAACGAGCACCUGCAGAACUAGUUAGUUUCCAUCCUCAGUACCAAGAAGUAAAUGGUACUCUACCUCUGAUAAGGUUUAAUGGAGCUCAAGUUAAUCCGAAGUUCAAACAAACAGAUGUUAUGCAGCUACUGUGGACAUCUUGCCCGAUUCUUCCAGAAAAAGCAACCCCACUGACCAUUAAAGAACAAGAAGGAAGCACCCUUGGCCCACAGGAACAACUUGAACAGAUUUUGACAAUGCUUAAUGUAAAUGUAGACCCAUCACUUGAUAAAGUAAUUAACAAUUGCCGAAACAUAUGCAACAUUACAACUGUUGAUGAGGAAAUUGUAAAAACAAGAUCAAAGGUUCUGAGAAGUAUCUAUGAGUUCCUUAACACUGAAAAGAAAGAAUUUAAGUUCCAGCUUAGAGGAGUUGCUUUUGUCAUGGUUGAAGAUGGGUGGAAACUUCUAAAGCCAGAGGAGGUUGUUAUCAAUCUGGAAUUUGAGUCCGAUUUUAAACCUUAUCUAUACAAACUUCCUCUAGAGUUAGGAACGUUCCAUCAGUUGUUUAAAAAUUUAGGCACAGAAGAUAUUGUCUCUACAAAGCAGUAUGUUGAAGUUCUUAGUCGCAUUUUCAAAAGCUCUGAUGGAAAACAGCUAGACCCCAAUGAGAUGCGUAUCGUAAAGAGAGUAGUUUCUGGCCUGCUGAAAAGUCUUCAGAACGAUUCAGUUAAAGUGCGCAAUGACUUUGAAAACAUUCGUGACCUUGCACUUUAUCUGCCAAGUCAAGAUGGAAGAUUGGUCAAGUCAAGUAUCUUAGUAUUUGAUGAUGCACCUCACUACAAAAGCAGAAUUCAGGGAAACAUUGGUGUCCAAAUGCUGGUGGAUCUAAGUCAGUGCUAUAUGGGAAAAGAUCAUGGCUUUCACACAAGACUUAUAAUGCUUCUCCCCCAAAAGUUAAGGCCACGACUUCUCAGUAGCAUCCUUGAAGAACAGUUGGAUGAAGAAACACCAAAAUCUUGCCAGUUUGGGACCUUAUGUUCUCUACAAGGGAGGCUACAGUUGCUUCUGUCUUCUGAACAGUUUAUCACUGGGUUUAUUAGAAUUAUGAAGCAUGAAAAUGACAAUGCAUUUUUGGCAAAUGAGGAAAAGGCCAUCAAACUUUGCAAAGCCUUGCGAGAAGGCUUAAAGGUUUCCUGCUUUGAAAAAUUACAAACCACAUUAAGGGUGAAGGGGUUUAAUCCUAUCCCUCACAGCAAAAGUGAAACGCUUGCAUUUCUGAAGCGGUACGGACAUGCAGUAAUCUUGCUUUACAUCCAGCACUCUGACAGUAAAGACAUCAAUUUCUUAUUAGCCUUAGCAAUGACUUUGAAAUCUGCAACAGACAAUCUCAUUUCUGACACAUCAUAUCUCAUUGCUAUGUUGGGAUGCAAUGAUAUUUACAGAAUUAAUGAGAAGCUUGAUAGCUUAGGAGUUAAAUAUGACUCCUCAACUGAACAAUCAAAGCUGGAACUUCCUAUGCCUGGCACUCCCAUUCCAGCAGAAAUCCACUACACUCUCCUUAUGGAUCCAACCAAUGUUUUUUAUCCUGGAGAAUAUGUUGGCUAUUUGGUUGAUGCUGAAGGUGGAGACUCAUUUGGCUCAUACCAGCCAACAUAUACAUAUGCCAUUAUUGUUCAAGAAGUGGAGAAAGAAAAUGACAAUUCGGGUUGUCUUGGAAAGUUUUACCAGAUAGAUAUUGGAUAUAGUGAAUACAAAAUUGUUAGUUCACUUGACCUGUACAAAUUCUCUAGGCCAGAGGAAGGUCCUCAGAAUAAAGAUAGUGCUCCAUCUACACCUACAAGUCCAACAGAAUUUCCGACACCAGGUCCCAGGACUGCACCUUCUUUUGCAAGUAGAGAAAGCAAUAAGACAAGCUCUUCAAAACAUCAGUCACCAAAAAAGAUCAAGUUAAAUUCUUUGCCAGAAAUUCUAAAAGAGGUCACUAUUGUAAUUGAGCAGGCCUGGACAUUAUCUGAAUCAGAACGGAAGAAGAUUAUUAGACGGCUUUAUCUAAAGUGGCAUCCAGAUAAGAAUGCAGAAAAUCUUGACAUAGCAAAUGAAGUUUUCAAGCACCUGCAAAACGAAAUCAACCGACUAGAGAAGCAAGCUUUUGUAGACCAAAAUACUGAACGAACAGCAAGAAGGACCUUCACAACACCAUCAGCUAGGUUUCAAUCUGACAAAAGCUCUUUUCAGAGGUUUUAUUCUUCUUGGAAUCAAGAAGCAACACAUCACAAGUCAGAGAAGCAACAGUAUAAGGAAACGUUUGCCUCUACCACAGGCUCAUAUGAUUCUAAACGUUUCUUUGUACCACCUACUUUCAAGACAGUUGGGAACCCUGUUGAAGCUCGGAGAUGGCUAAGGCAAGCAAGAGCUAACUUUUCAGCUGCAAGAAAUGAUCUGCACAAAAAUGCUAAUGAGUGGGUCUGUUUCAAAUGCUAUCUCUCCACAAAAUUAGCUUUGAUUGCAGCGGACUAUGCUGUUAGAGGGAAAUCGGACAAAGACGUGAAGCCAACUGCACUCGCACAAAAAAUUGAAGAAUAUGGUCAACAGCUAAACGGCCUUACAAAAGACGUUCAAACUUUAGAAGCCUAUGGUGUGGACAGCUUAAAAACCCGUUAUCCAGAUAUGCUCCCCUUCCCACAGAUUCCAAACGAUCGAUUUACUUCAGAUGUUGCCAUGAGAGUCAUGGAAUGCACUGCUUGUAUAAUAAUAAAACUUGAAAAUUUUAUACAAAAUAAGAUUAUUUAAGCCUUAGAGCAUAUUCUUCUACAUAUGCAACUAUAGACGAUAUCUUUUUAAAGCUAUACAGCACAGGAUACUAAAUAGUACCACAAAGCCAGAGAUCCCUUUUUAAAGGUCUCAACUGACCUGAGGGAUGUUAAUGUAAACUAGACUUCAUUUCUGAAACUAGUGUUAGUAACAUUCACUAAUGUAUAUGUCAAGUAUUGCAUGAUUAGAGAUGAAGUUCUGCCACCCAAGGAGAGGUAUUCUCGCUUACACAGAUAUGUCACCAUAGUCAUUCUGUUGACGGACACUGCCAACAACAUUUACAUGCAGCGAAUGUUACUAACAA